AUGGCCCCUCCAUCAGAAGAUACGUUGACAAAGGUGUCCACAGACGCCGCAACCGAAUUUGUCCAGUCCUUCUACCCUGCGCUCGAAAACAACCGUGCUACGAUAAGCUCAUUCUACAACCAGCCUACUUCGAUGAUCCUAUUCAACGGAAACCACGUGGCCGAUGGAGCCGCUGUGCAAGAGAUUUUUGUCAAUCAGAUGUCCCCAACGCAUUACGAAGUGCAGUCGCUCGAUUGUCAGAUCAUCAACCGGGCGUAUCCGACACCUACAUCAACCGGCGUAAAACUUCCCACCGAAACGACUCUCAAGGACAUGUCCAUCUUGGUGAUUGUUAGCGGCUAUGUGCGCUUUGGCGCAUCAAGAGAUCUGCCACAACGUGGGUUCAGCGAGACUUUUGUGCUGGUGCCGAAUCCAACCGAGGGGCUCAAGGGAAAGCGCAAGCGAGAAUGGCUUAUUCAAACCCAAAAUUUUCGACUUGUCGUUUGA